AAAAAAAGGAACCUAAAAGAGGCAAAAUCAUUGACCACGUCAUUGGUCUCUUAAAUAAAAGCCCUAACGUACCGCUCCAAAUUCUACGCUCUUUCAGUCCGUAUUUUUAUUCAUGAUUUGUCAGAAAUUCAAAAAUCGAAAAUUAUCACCAAAUUCCUCGAAUCUCAUUCUUAAUUCUCUCUUCCCGUAAACUCCCCCAAUUUUUACUUCUCCAUUAAUGUUCGAUCUCAUUUUUUCUUCUAAAUGAAGGAGCGGAAGUUGUUGUUAAAUGAGGCAGUUGAGGUGCGACAACUAGAGGAGGGCUUGAGGGGAUCAUGGCAUCCAGGAGUAGUUGUUGGUGUCUCAAAUUUGUGCCGCCAAGUCAUGUAUGAAGAAUUGUUGUGUGAAUCAGGAAAUUCCAAGCUCAUAGAGUCGAUACCUGCCACUGGAGAAAUUGAGGGUCUCUACCAACGCCAAUCUAUCAAAUUUAAUCAUCGUGGUCGCAUUAGACCCAAACCUCCAAAACCACAACAAUCUGUUACAAGUUCUAAGUUAACUCUUGGUGUUUGUGUCGAUGUCUUGUACAAGGAAGCAUGGUGGGAAGGAGUGGUUUUUGAUUGUGAUGAAGGUGCAAAGGAGUGUCGCGUUUUUUUUCCUGAUGAGGGUGAUGAAGAAGUAUUUAAACUGGCUGAUUUACGUCUCACUUAUGGAUGGGACGAAUUUUCUGGUCAGUGGAGAGAAAGGGGUGCUUGGGUAUUAGUGGACCUCGCUAAAGAGUACAAAAAAGAUGGUCAUCUAUAUCAAUUUAUUAUGCGUGUUUGGUCCCGUUUGAAAGUACAUUAUGGCUUCCGGAAAAUGAUUUCAGAGUGGACAUGUGGUGCAUAUUGUAUGUGGAAAGAAUAUUUCAGGGAUAUUAUUGAUGAAAUGACGGCUAAACCAAGAGGAAAGGAAAUUUCUUUCCCUAAUAUUUCUCAAAUACAUGUAGUGCAGAAAAGAAAGGGGAAAUCCAAGAGGUGUAAGCUGCGCUUUUUAGAUGCUUCUGUCCUUAAAGGGUCAAUGCAGCAAAGAAAAGGUAAAGAAAUUAGUCUUUCGGUUAGAACGAGGCAUAUGUGUAUGAGUGAUGCAGAGGAUUCUUUGGUUGGUGUUGUCAGUAAGAGUGGCUAUUUGACUUAUGGUCAUUGCAUGCAAAGGCAGAAAACAAAAGAUAAAGGAGUUCGUCUUUCAGUUAGAACGAGGCGUAUGUGUAUGAGUGAUGCAGAGGAUUCUUUUGUUGGCUCUGUCAGCAAGAGUGGCUAUUUGACUGAUGGUCAUUGCAUGCGAAGGCAGAGGGUGACUGCUGGACGUUCUAUCACAGCCUCUUGUCAAGAACAUGAGACUAAAGAUGCAUUAGAGAGUCCUCAGAAAAAGAAGGGUAAUAAGAGUAUAUGCCAUGACUCAGUUUGCUUAGUUUGUCAGUAUGGAGGGGAACUGUUUCAUUGUGAUAUGUGCUUGUCUUCGUACCAUAUAAACUGCAUUGGUCUUGAGGAAGCUCCUGCUGGAGAAUCAUUUUGUCCAUCAUGUAAAUGUGGCUUAUGUGGCUCGGAUUAUUCUGAUAAUGAUGAUCAACUAUUUACUCAAGCGUGUUACCAGUGCAGCCGCCGAUAUCAUGUGGCUUGCUUGAACGAAGCAGGAACAUUAGUUUCCGACAACUGUUUCUCGGACAAGUUUUGCAGCCGAAGCUGUUUUGAGAUAUGUUCUCGCCUUCACAAACUUCUACAAAUUUCAAAUCCAACAAGUAGGGAAGGAUUUACGUGGACUAUUACAAGAUCUAGAAGAAAUGAUUGUAACGUACACAAUGAACGAUUUCAUACUCUCAUUCAAGUGUCGCAAGUUCUAAAUGUUUUUCACGAGUGCUUUGAACCUAUAAUCGAACCCCACACCGAAAGGGAUCUGGUUGCCGAUAUUGUCUACAAUUCUGGGUCAAAAUUUCGGAGACUGGAUUUUCAUGGAUUCUAUGUAAUAGCUUUGGUUCACAAUGAGGAACCUGUUUGUGUUGCUACUAUCAGAAUUCAUGGUCAAAAAGUAGCAGAAAUGCCACUUGUAGCUACACGUUUCAAGUAUCGCCGAAAGGGUAUGUGCCGGCUGCUUGUUGAUGAGCUAGAGAAGAUGCUUGUUGAAAUGGGUGUCGAAAGACUAGUCUUGCCAGCUAUAGCUCAGCUCAGUAAUACCUGGGUUUCGUCAUUUGGUUUUACCGACAUGCCAUCGCUUUUAAGGAAAGAAUUGCUGGGGUAUCCAUUUGUUCUUUUCCAGGGAACAACAAUGUUUCAGAAAAUCCUCAGAAGAUCGGCUCCAACAGAUUCUUUACGAGCAACGAAAGAACUGCGAAGGACUGGACUUGCAGUAGUACAGGAGAACAUCCUGGAGCAUGAUCUCAACAGGACGUUCAAUCUACAUUACAAGCGAAGACGGAAAGCAGAAAGUACUCGUGAAAAGAAGAAGUCACUGAUUGAUGGAGCAGCAAGGCAGCAUCACACAUACAAGUGCGUAUACAAGCGGCGUAGGAUUCAGGCCAAAUCGAACAUUGGCAAUUUAGAUGAGAACAAAGAGGUUGAUGAAGAAGGAUUUAUCAAUGUAACUGACAAAGUGAGUACAAAGUCCACAAGUAAAAGUGGAAAUUCUAAAAUGAAUAGACCAUCAUCUGUAUGGCAACUAUUUGACAAGAUUAUGUUGAAUGGUAUUUUGAAAUGGGCAAAGUGCAAGUAUUGUGGAGCUCAACUAACAGCAGGUAGUAAUGGCACUUCACAUCUUCACAAGCAUGCUUCAAGGUCGUGUCCUGGAAGACACUUACGACUUACUCCUACUAACCAAACAAAGGAUGAUGGAUUGAAUUUUAAGAAAGAUUACUAGGAAUAUUCUUGCUAUUCAUUUCCAACCGUGGCCUCAGAAAGUGCUUUUUAGACUUUCAGUUAAUAUACAAUGCUAUCUUCUACAUUUAGUGUUUUGGUAUUAAAUAAAACGUCGUGACUGGGGAGCAAAAGAUACUUAAUCCUCUUGCAUGGUCCUUUGAUCGCAUUGGUGCAUACGUGCUGCAGGAGAACAGCCGUUGAAUCAUAAUUACAAACGAAAAUGGAAAAUGAAAAGCACUGUCAAAAAGAAGACACUGAUGGAUGGAUGAGAAAGGCAGUAUCCCACAUAUAAGCGGGCAGUAGAUUCAGGAAGGUAGAAAUUCGAAUGCUAACCUUUAAUAUGACCUUAAGUGAAAAUUGUACAUUAGUAAUGACAUUAUCUUGAGCCAAAGCUGCCUUUGUCCUUCAACUUUUUGAAGAAGGCAAAUGGGCUGUGAUGCAAAGAGAAAGCGGUAGUGGUUGUGCUUAUGGUGAAAAUUUGAAAUUUGUAGGUUAAAAAAAAAUUAUUUAAAUAAACUAAGAAUCAAACUUAUUUCAAAAGUAAGCGUGAAAUUUUCAAACCUGAGGUUUGGGGUUGUUCGCAGUUACUAACUGCGAACAGGUCAAAACAGACAAAAUAGCUGUUCGCAGUUACUA